GGUCGUUUCGCUGUUAUAUCGGGACGAGAUUAUCUGUGUUUUAUUCGUUAAAUACAUUACGCAAAUUCGCUUUGGGAGGUAUCACCGGCUGUUAGCGCCCACGCGUUAAAAUCGCGGGGGCGACGGCUAGAGGCUUCGCAUUCAAACGUGCGCGCGCGGCGGUGAACACACACGCCUAUACCAAAAAAUAAAUAAGAAAAAACUUAGCCCGAGGCAGAAAGCGUUCGGUUAUAAUCUGUAUCCAAGUUCCAUAGAUAAGUUUUGAUUAAAGCCUAGACCUGGAUAGUGUUGUCAAUGACACGAAUUUGUGAUCGAUAUUUAUGAAUGGAGUUCGAUGUGACGUCAUGCCUAGUGUUGUGACUGUGUGUGCGUUUAGUUGGUCAUUCAUUUGUUGACGAUGCGUGAACAUUAGAAUUGAAAGAAUGUGGCUAACAGGGGCGCUGUCAAUACUGUGUCUUUCAAGCGUGCUGUCUGAUUGGCAUUGCCCAGAAAUAAGUUCUCGUCCUUUAGCUGAAUGCUCCUGCGAUUUACCUCAUACUUUAAGAUGCACUGGCGACCAUAAUGCUUUACAGAUAAUUGGUCGUCACUUAAGAGAGCAGAGAGCUAGGAACAAAAAUACAGCUGUAUCUUUGCUUGAUUGUGCUUUACGAGGCUUGUCUUCUUUGACAUCCGCGUCGGUAUCUGAACUGGCGGGGGUUGGCUUACACGGCCUGGUUAUAUCAUCUGGAGAUAUUAAACGAGUGCAGUCUGGAGCUUUCAAUAGCAUAUCAUCAACUUUACUAGCCUUGGGUUUACCUAACAAUCAAUUGCCGUUAGUACCGACAGAGGCAAUAGUACGUUUGGUACAUCUAGAUCGUUUGGAUCUUUCAAAUAAUAAAAUUCACACUUUGGAUGCGAAUUCGUUCAAGGGAGUACAUAAUCUUACUUACCUUGACAUAAGUGAUAACCAGUUGACAAGCAUUGCUGAUGGAGCUUUUCAACCUUUGAUUAAACUGAAUGUGUUGAGGUUAAGGGGUAAUCUACUUAAAGUUUCCGCUUUGACAGCUUUAAAGGAAGCGAACAUGUUAAAAGAACUUGAUGUAUCCAGUAAUGCCUUAGAAGGACCUGUAGGUCCGUCGACAGUGCCUUCACUAAGCUAUUUGGAGACUCUUCAUUUAUCAGAUAAUACUUUUGCGAGUAUACGACGUGGGGCUCUUGCAGGUCUUACAAAUUUGACUCUAUUGAAUCUACAUAACAACCAAAUAGAUGUGCUUGAAGAUUACGCGUUUAAACAUUUAACUAACUUGUCUCAUUUGGAUUUGUCUCAUAAUGAAAUUGUAGCUGUCUCCGGUGCUUCAUUAGCUCAACUAGCAAAUUUGGCGUAUUUGGAUUUAUCUCACAAUUUCCUCCGAUCAUUGUCAGCUGACCCACUCAAAGCUCUCAAUCGUUUAACAAAUCUUCUUCUUCAUGACAACGACAUAUCUAUGAUCGAAGAUGGUGCUCUAACACUCCACAAAGACCUGCGAAGAUUCACUAUCGAAGAUAAUCCACUUAAUUGCGAUUGCUUAAUGGCCGGCUUUGCGAGGUGGUUGCGGGAGGCAAAAAAUCUGCCUCAAUCUGAUAAAUCAGCCGCAGUUUGUGCCACGCCACCUCAUUUGGAAGGAGCAUUAAUUUCCCGACUAUCUAAAAACAAGCUAUGUGACGAUGACCACGUUGAGAAUCAAAAAGCUAUAGAUCAAGCUAACUAUGAUUAUAACAAAGUAGAUGAUAAUAUUAUAGAUGAAGAUAAAAUUGAUGAUUUAUUGUAUGGUGAAAAAAUUGAUGGAUUGGAUGAUGAUGCUUAUGACGAGGAAAUGGAAGUUCCCGGGGAAGAAGAUCUGCCGAUAUCUAAGUCAACGGUGCGUUUGAUGGAUGCGUGGUAUGAUGAUGAAGAAGUACAUUUGUCCUGGACAAUAGAACCCCUCUCGACUCUUCGAUAUCGGUGCACAGGUGUGACAGCUUCCAAGGCUGGUGGUCUUCCCAAGCAUAUCGCCUGCCAUAGAGCACCACCAGCCAAUAUCGUGUUAAGAGGUUUUAAAAUUGAUCCCUUAGAAAAGUAUACUUUUUGUGUGGCUCUGGAAGAAAUGGAUACCAAAGAUAUGCCCAUAGCCUUAGUUUUGGGCUGUGGGACGCCAUCUCUGGUUAGACAACGAGUAGAAUAUGUCACAGUACGCUCUGAACCCAUUACUGUGCCCAUAUUAGAACCUAUAAGAGUCUCCGAAGUGCGAUCUAACAUCACCAGCGAUGGAUUGCUAACUGUCCUAAUAUCCGUUUUGGGAAUACCGCCUCCAAAGCAAUACGUUUUACCAAGAUCCCAAAGAGUGUCAAUGCCCGACAGAUAUCUACACAAUUGCUAUGUAAUUCUAGCAGUUCUGGAUAGAGGGUCCUUAGUGGCCCAAAAAGAUACGCCGUGUCAGGAUACCUUGGAAGUAACAAUGGAAGGCUUUGUAAGAGGUCCAUAUGAAGUAUGUGCAACCAUUUCCAAGUUAAAAACAGACAGUGUACAUAAAAUUUGCAUUGUCCCACAACUUUUAGAACCAGUUGGAUCUUUACAAAUGAAGACCGGACUUAAAAAUCUAAACACGGCUCUAGUGGGACUUGCUUUAGGACUAAUGAUUAUCGUUAUAGCUCUUGUAUGGUUUGUUAGAAAGAUGUUGAAAAAACCUACAGAAUUUCAAACCCAUAGAUGUUUCAGGCCUGAGCCAGUCGCAGAGGAAAAUACAAGAGCUAGUUACGUAAUGUUGACAACUACAGCUACAUCUAAAGUAUGAAUGAGGACAUUUAAAGUCCUGUAGUUUUUCAGUAUCUACUCAAAUAAUAAGCGUUUUUUAUUCAGCCAUACAUCAUAAAAACUGAAUUAUUCUUAUGGUUUUAGAUAAUUUAAUUGUUAUAAUGACAAAAGGGUUAUGAGUAAAUUGUUAUUGACUGCGUUUUUAUUUUGGAAUAUAUUUAAAUCUAGUUUAAUGUAGUCUGAUAAAGUUUUGUUAUUUUUAUAGUUUACUUAGUUUAUCGUAACUAGUCGCUAAAAAAUAACAAUUUUAAGAAUCGUGUCAAACACACUCGAGGCCUCAAUUUAUUAUUAAAUCGUCUUAUUAUUAUACUAUAUACAGAAAUUACAAAUCUUCUUUUUUUAAAGUUUUGUUUGUAUAGUAUUUUUUAUAUUUUGGGUUAAAACAGUCAAUAAUUAAUAUUGAAAAUUUUAGUCAAAAUUUUAAAUAGAUAUUAUAAUAAAAAUAUCGUACAAAAUGAUAUAUAUUUGUAAUUAUAAAUAAAUGUACAGAUAAGAGUUGUUUUUAAAUCGUCUAUUAAAUUCGGAAUAUCAUUAAAGUCCAGAUAGUCUGAUAAAUUUGUAAAUUGACAUGUCGUUAGAAGGUUUUUACGAUUUUAUAAAAUGUGGCUUAUUUAUUAACCAAACUCUAAAAAAUUACAUGGUUUAAAUUAGUUGUCAGUGAUACAGCAGUAUAUCACUAGGUAAAGAUCCUGGGUUGUUCCGGAGACAGGCAUAUUAAUGUCAAUAUUUUAACAGAACAACUAUUUCAUGUUGAAGAUUUCGAAAUAAUAACAAUAGCUCUAAAUAAAACCUAUCUACGAUCCUUAUCUUGUUCUUCCUCGCAAAUGUCGGAAAUAAUUUAUUUUAUCGAUUUUAUUAAUUUGUAGAGAUUAAAAGAGAUACUUUUCAUUUUAUACACUUUUCUGCUAAAUAUCAGAUAUUUUAAUGUGAAUUAUAGAAGUAAAUAUGGAAAAAUAAUAAAUUAAUCCUUGGUAAAUAUGAAUGAAUGUCUCCAACUUAAUACUCAUUUCUUAUUGAUCUAUUCCGUAAGUUCUAGCAAUAAUUAUCUUAUAUUUAUUAUAACAUUAUUAGACUCGGAUGAAUUAUAUGUUUAAAACAAAAAAAAAAUAUUAUCAAUUCCAGCUAAAGGUCAAUAUUAAGAAGGAAACGAUAAAGAUGCUAAUCUUUUGCAAAAUGUUUUGGUAACAAAUUAGAGAUGUAAUCUUUAUUUUAUUAUAAUAAUGUCAUUGUCAGUAAAAUUAAUUUCCUAUGUAAUAUUUUCAAUAAGUUUUAUAUUUAUUUACUAAUAAUAGACACGUUAACUCGAGGCUUGUAUAAGAUUUUAAUGAAUAUUAAUUAAGAAAAAUUCAAUGACAUAAAUAUAUGAGUACAGUUGUUAGCAUAUCGUUUCGUAUAAGUGUUGAUAUAUUGCUUAUUUAAAUUGAAUAUUUUGUAAGUAUGUGUAUUGAUAAAAUGUAUAGUAUUUUCAUAUUCUCAAUGUUCCAUCCAUGUGUACACUCUGUUUUGACAACAAACAUGAGAUAAUAAAUAGAUCGGUACGUAUGUAUUUCCAUUUAUAAAUAAAUCAGAUUUUGUUUCCCAGAAAAUAUUGACUCUUUGAAAGCUGUCGUCUUUAAAUGUAUUGUCGUGUGUCAAUAGUGAGUUUAAUUUGUUAUUAAAAUUACAUAAUUAAGGUGAAUUAUCAUUUGGUUAAUUUAAUAAGCUAUGUUUUACAAUGAGGCAAUGAAAUCUAAAACGUUAUCUAGGUUAGGAUUACUUUAGGAGAGUCAUUAAUAGAUGUAUUUACUUUUAUUUAAGUGAUUAACAACUUGUCUGUUCGUUUGUAAUUAUUGUAACAUUUUUUCGCUACGUUUGUAAAUGUAUGAUGAACUUUGGUUCCGCUUUAAUUAGUUUAUAAAUGUAAAUAAUAAUUUAUAAAUCGCAUUUUUAAUAAAACAUUAACGAAUA